GUUGCUCCUCCUCCUCUCCUUCUCUCCUCCCCAAAAAGCCCUGCAUAAAUGGCUCAUCCACAUGCAGCCACAUGCAGUCCUAGCACUCUGCCCCAGGAUGCAGAGCCGGGGAGAUCUGCUAGUUCUGUUCGGGCAGUGAAGAGACUUGUUAGCCAAGCGGUUGUCAGAAAAAGCAUCCGUCUCUGACCUUUUCCAUGUUUUAUUUGGAAGUAUUUAGGACUGGAGACAUUCCCCAUCAUUUCAGACAUGUCUGUAGUCCAUCUUCAGCCCAUUUUAGGCAUUUAGAAGAAGGAUACAAGUAGAUGAGUUACAGGAAAAGCAAAAGAUUACGAUGCACGAUUAUCACGGAAGAAAUUCAUGUCUAUAGCUUGCAAGGACUUGAUUACAUCAUCUUCAAGCCUGAUAGUUUUGGAAUCCAUUUUGCAGCUGCAAAGACAAGUUUGCUUUUGCAUUUAAAUAAGCAUCUUGCCUCUUAGAAGAUAUCGAAGUACUCUGUUUAACCACAGGCAUACCACUGAAAUACUGUAAGAUUUCCCAGUUACAAAUUUACUGUCAUAUUUGCUAGACCAACACCAAAAUGAUUCCUAAUGGAUAUUUGAUGUUUGAAGAUGAAAAUUUCAUCGAGUCAUCUGUUGCCAAACUAAAUGCCUUACGUAAAAGCGGUCAGUUCUGUGAUGUCCGACUCCAGGUAUGUGGGCAUGAGAUGCUUGCGCACAGAGCUGUGCUGGCUUGCUGCAGUCCCUACCUGUUCGAAAUCUUCAAUAGUGAUAGUGAUUCUCAUGGAAUUUCUCAUGUUAAAUUUGAUGAUCUCAAUCCAGAUGCUGUUGAAGUUCUGUUGAAUUAUGCCUAUACUGCUCAGUUGAAAGCCGAUAAAGAACUGGUGAAAGAUGUUUAUUCUGCAGCAAAGAAGCUGAAGAUGGAAAGAGUAAAGAAGGUCUGUGGUGACUACUUGCUCUCCAAGAUGGAUAUUCAGAGCUGCAUCUCUUACCGAAACUUUGUAAGCUGUAUGGGCGACUUACGCUUAUUGAACAAGAUUGAUGGGUACGUUCAGGAGCAUCUUUUGCAGAUUUCAGAACAGGAAGAAUUCCUCAAGCUUCCACGGUUAAAGCUUGAAGUAAUGCUUGAAGACAAUGUUGGCCUACCCAGCAAUGGCAAAUUGUACACAAAGGUAAUCAACUGGGUACAGCGCAGCAUCUGGGAAAAUGGAGAUAGCCUGGAAGAUCUGAUGGAAGAGAAUUUAAAUUUUACUGUAGGUACCCCUAAGCUGAGAAACUGGGGGGGUAUUCAGGUUCAAACUCUGUACUACUCAGCUGAUCACAAGCUGCUUGAUGGAAAUCUGCUAGAUGGACAGGCUGAGGUGUAUGGCAGUGAUGAUGACCACAUUCAGUUUGUGCAGAAGAAGCCACCACGUGAAAAUGAUCACAAACAGAUAAGUAGCAGCUCCUCUGGAAGUCUUUCUCCGAGUGCUACUGUGCAGAGUUCUAAACAUGAAUGGAAAAUCAUUGCUUCAGAAAAAACUUCAAGCAACACCUACCUGUGCCUGGCUGUUCUGGACAGUGUGCUGUGCGUGAUCUUCCUGCACGGCCGUAACAGCCCUCAGAGCUCUCCCAUGAGCACGCCACGCCUGCUGAAGAGUCUGAGUUUUGAGCUGCAGCCAAACAAUGUAAUAGAGAAGCCCAUGUCUCCCAUGCAGUAUGCUCGAUCUGGGUUGGGCACAGCUGAGCUUAAUGGCAAGCUAAUUGCUGCAGGUGGCUAUAACAGAGAGGAGUGUUUGCGUACAGUGGAAUGCUAUGAUCCAUGGAAGGACACUUGGACUUUCAUUGCACCCAUGAGAACACCCAGAGCUCGGUUCCAAAUGGCAGUUUUAAUGGGGCAGCUGUAUGUUGUGGGUGGGUCAAAUGGUCACUCAGAUGACUUGAGCUGUGGGGAAAUGUACGAGCCAGAAAUAGAUGACUGGACUCCUGUUCCGGAACUGAGAACCAAUCGCUGCAAUGCAGGAGUAUGUGCCCUGAAUGGAAAACUGUACAUUGUUGGUGGUUCAGAUCCUUAUGGCCAAAAGGGACUUAAGAACUGUGAUGUGUUUGAUCCCAUAACAAAAUCCUGGACAAGCUGUGCUCCCCUCAAUAUCCGGAGACAUCAGUCUGCAGUCUGUGAGCUGGGUGGCCACCUGUACAUCAUUGGUGGGGCAGAGUCAUGGAACUGCCUAAGUAGCGUGGAGCGCUACAAUCCUGAGAACAAUACCUGGACCCUCAUGGCACCUAUGAAUGUGGCUCGGAGGGGAGCUGGAGUGGCUGUGCACAAUGGAAAACUCUUUGUUGGAGGAGGAUUUGAUGGCUCUCAUGCAGUGAGCUGCAUGGAGAUGUAUGACCCUGCUAAAAAUGAGUGGAAGAUGAUGGGAAAUAUGACCACUCCAAGAAGCAAUGCUGGGAUUACAACUGUGGCAAACACUAUUUAUGCAGUUGGGGGAUUUGAUGGCAAUGAAUUCCUGAACACAGUUGAAGUCUACAACCCAGAAUCAAAUGAAUGGAGCCCCUACACAAAAAUUUACAAGUUUUAAGUGAAUUGAAUUUCCAUUUCAAAUUAACAGGCUUAGUGAUGUAAUUGUGUUUUAGUAGAGGUGCGCAUGUGAAUAGGGCUUGGGAGGGUGUAGAUGUUGCCAGCAGCAACACAAAGCUUUUGCAUAUUGGAUAUUAAUGUGCUGUACAUAUUUGUUUUGGAAAGAAUGUUGAGAUGAAGGGGUUUCUGGUGUAUUUUAGAACUUUAGUUUUUUUAAAAGACUUUGAAGAUACUACAAGAGAACCUAGACUGGGCAUAUCAUUUCAGGAGCUUCCUCCAGCAUUUGUUUUUGUCACUUUGCACAUUAAGUAACUUUCUUUUUUUGUAGUAUGUUCUUGGGGCAGGAAAGUGUAAGGAUUGUGGGGGAUAGUUUUCUCAUUGGGCCUUGUUUUUCUUCAGUAACUGAAACAAUCUGUAACAAGCCUUAUUUAAACAGAUAUAAUGGCUAUUUUUUUAUUAAAAAGACAUACCUGCCACUACCUUAUCUUUUAUGAUUGUCUUUUUGUAACAGUUUUUUAUAUACUCAGCAGAGUGUUUUAUCUGUUGAAAUAAAAAUGGCAGAUAAACAGUUAUUGAAGCAAGGAGGCAGCCUUGGAGUUGACAGAGAUUGAAUGGGACAACUGAUUUACCACCGUACAUGAGCUUCUGAGCUUUUUGCCUCUGCUACAGUAUUGCAACUUAUCAUGCAGAACUUUGAUUUGAUGGGAAUGGAGUUUCUGAACAUGAUGUAGCUGUGACUUUCCAGUAUGGGAAAAUUAUUUUGGCUCCAAACAUUUUGAAAAAAAAUGCAGAGGGUGAUUUCUGUACAGAAGUUUUGUUACUACGGUUGACCUAACAUUUGUAAAACAAACUUUAAGUAUGGGGUUUUUCUCAUGGUUUUUCAACUAAUUUGAGUUGGCAAUGAAAAUGUAUUCUUCUGACCUGAUUAGUGACUGUCUUAUUUUUCUAAUAUUACAAACUUAAGCUCUGGUAGAACACAUAACCUGAUUUCUUAUGUGCUCAUAGUACUGUGUUUUAGUUCACUUCCUCUUUUCAUAUGGAUAAUGUGUUGGCUUGGAUGACUUUGUCUGAUGUGUAGUUGCUGCACUUCUAACUCCUGGUGCCAAAACCAGCACUUACAGCUUGCUGCUGAUACAAACACAUUAAAGGUACCUUUUGGGAAAUCCUUGCA